UUUCUUUCGAGCUGACGUCAUUUUCCACAGGCACAGCUGAUGUAGGCUCGGCUGGUGCUUCAUUCCUACACCUGCGCUCAUUUUCAUGCAGUCUCUCUUUCUCCUCGCGGUGGUUUCCGUUCAGUAAAGGCGCGCGGGAUGUUGUUCAUGGAAAAAAUGUCGCUGUCGUGGCUCCUUACGACGGCUCUCGUCGUUGUGGUGUCCGGCUUCACAGACACGGAGCCCGGGCCUGCCGCGACAUCAGCGACGCCGCUCGGCGGGGAUCGAUUCAAAAUCGAAGGUAGAGCGAUCGUCCCCGGCGUGAAAACACAGGACUGGGUGUCCACGGCCAGAGUCUUGGUGGACGGUGAGGACUACGUGGGAUUUUUAAGGAUCGAUGGGGGAUUUUCCGUCAACGACGUCCCGUCAGGGUCGUACGUGGUGGAGGUGGUGACCCCCUCCUACAGAUUCGAACCUGUACGAGUUGACAUCACAUCUAAAGGGAAGAUGAGAGCACGCAUGGUCAACUACAUCAAGACCUCCGAGGUGAUCCGUCAGCCGUACCCGCUGCAGAUAAGAUCCUCCGGACCUCACAGCUACUUCAUGAAAAGGGAAACGUGGGGCUGGACGGACUUCCUCAUGAACCCCAUGGUUAUGAUGAUGGUGCUUCCUCUGCUGAUCAUCGUGUUGCUGCCCAAAGUGGUGAACACCAAUGACCCGGAGAUGAGGAAGGAAAUGGAGCAGUCCAUGAACAUGCUGAACCCAAACCCGGAGCUUCCCGAUGUGUCAGAGCUCAUGACGAAGCUCUUCUCUGGCUCCAAAGGCUCCAGCAAAGCCAGCAGCAGUAAGGGGACCCGGCCUGCAGUCAAAAGGAGGUAGUACUGCAGUGAGAGCCGCAGACCUCUGCCAAAUGAAGCCCCGCCCCCUUCAUACCACAUCCCACUGAGAGCUACAGAACUCGACCAUACAAAGCCCCACCCCCUUCAUUUGCAUCAUAGUGCGAUCUGCAGACCUCUGCAAGUGAAUUCUCAUCGCUACAAACAACAUUGCGCCAAGAUCUGCAGACCUCUGAAAGAUGAAGCCCCGCCCCCUUCCUUUGAUGUCCCACUGAGGGCUGCAGACCUCUGUCAGACAAAACUGCCCCUUCAGUUAUUGUACAGAUCUUUUCAUUUGUAGAUGUUUUCAGCACAUCUUCAUUUCUAAUAUUGGAAAAGUUUUUCUUACUGCACUGAUUUAAAAAAAAAAACCCUAACUAAAUCUUCAUGUUCUUUAUUCAUAACUUCUACUCUGCUGUGCUAACCUUCCAUUGUGCGUUUUUUCAUUGCUGCUAAUCUGAAAGAGCAAACAAAUGUACGUAUUUAGAGGUUUGGUUUGUCCAUCUACGACUGUGAAUGAAGAAAAAUUGAGUUUUAUGAUAAAUUCUUAUUUAAAAGCCUAGAGAAAUAAAUUGCAAUGGUAUAUGA